CCGGAACCUAAGCGGAAAAAUCGCGCAAAUGGAUCAGACCUGACGCGCUGAUAAUCCGCCCUGCCGAAAAAGAGAAGUAUUCCGAGAUAUUGCGCCGCAUAAAGCGUGAUGUCCCAGCAGACCAGGUUCGAAAUACCGUCGAGAAGGACCAUCACAGGAAUUCUUCAAGACGAUGCUAAGGUAGUCUGUAAAGGUCCACAGGAGACCAUUGAGAUUCGAGACAUCGACGAAGAAACGACGAAGGAAGAGAUCCAGGCCGCCCUGAAAGAGGAAGUUGGAAAAGAUCAUGAGAUACCUCUAGAAGGAAUAAAAAUCCGUAAGGCUUUCAGAGGUACGCAGACGGCUGCAGUCACUUUACCUAUGACCAUCGCGCGAAAAUUAGUGGAAGGAACCGGCAAGAUCCAUGUCGGGUGGGUUAACUGCCGAAUCAAAGCGACGACGAGACCUAUCCAAUGCUUUAAAUGCUGGCACUUUGGACAUGUUGGGCCCCAAUGUAAAAGCCAAGUAGACCGAUCUAAACUCUGCAUCAGAUGUGGACAAGAAGGGCACCGUAUCGCGGACUGUAAAAUUCUGCCAAGUGUGCAAUAUGUGCUGACCAGCAAGGAGCAAAGGACGUGGCUCACCAUGCCGGCACCUACAGAUGCCCGGUAUAUCAGGAGGCGCUCCAGAAGUUGACGAACAAACAAGCAUGAGGAUAUUGCAGCUCAACCUCAACCAUUGUGAAG